AUGGAGCUGGCUAGAAGCAUGGCUUUCUUCGCUCUGCUGGUCCUCUCCCUGUGGAGCUUCCUGCCAGCGUCCGGAAGCAACGACGCCCUGGACUGCUGCCUGAGAACGAGCCAAGUCCCCAUCCCCCGCAAAAUCGUGCUGGACUACGCGGUGCAGCGGAUCCACGACGGCUGCCCCAUCCACGCCGUGGUGUUUAUCACCAUGAGGGGCAAGCAGCUCUGUGCCCCUCCCCAUGCCCACUGGGUGCGGCGUCUGAAAGACAGGCUGGACAGUGUGUACCAGAGCAAGGACAACCUCUGGAGCAAGUAG